AUGGACUACCUUAAUUCGCUCAUUGCCAAGUCCCCAUACAUUUCAGUACUAUGUGAUGAGAGACUGUGUGGAGAAAUCAUUAAAGUGCUUGAAUCAAGAAACAUUAACACAGGGAAAGUAGUAGGUUUGGGUACAGUUGGAGCCUCUGUGAUGACUGGAAAGGACAAAGGAGUAUAUGGCAGACUCAAGGCAUUAAACCCACAUUUAAUUAACAUCCACUGCUUGGCCCACAUACUACCAUUAUGCACAUCUCAAGCAGCAACUGGCCUUAAACCAUUGAAAAAUUACCAAGAAUGGAUGUGCAACCUAUUUUAUUACAUCAAGAGAUCUGUCCAGAGAGAAAAACAGUUGCACAAAGUUCAAAGCCUCUUGGACCACCCGACUUUGAAGUACAGGGAGGUACACUCAAUCCCUUACUCACUUUACCUUCACAGCAGAGGUCUAGAGGAUCCAACCGCAAAGGGUUUGUUAAAGUCCCUGGCCACAACAGAGUUCUUUUACAUAACUCACAUGAUGAUGGAUGUCAUUCCUAUUGUCUCAAAACUAUACCUUACCUUUCAAAGCGAGCAACUUGAUGUGGCAAAAGCAAAGGUAUCACUCAACCUUUGCAUCACUGAUCUGGAGGCUUACAAGAAUGAGCAAGUCUUGUACAAGACACAUGUGGAAGAGUACUUCGAGACUGUUGUCCAACAUGAGCAGGAUGGCCAUUACUACUUUAAGGAACACAGACUGCUGAACACCAAUGCCAAUUUAAAGGCACUGAGGAGUUCCUUUUAUCAUAAGGGUUCCACAUCAGACCUCAUUCUCGACAAGGAUACUGUCCUACGCCAGUGGUCAGAGGCUAAAACUAUUGUUAAGGAGGCUCGAUACCCUGUUGACAACAUGGAGGCUUUGUGGGGCCUGCUGAUAAAGCACCAUGCUGAAGAUAUACCUGAACUGUUAAAGCUUGCACUUAUAGCUCUAGUCCUCCCAUUACAUACAGCUGGUUGUGAGAGGGAAAUUCAGCCCUUGGAGGCAAAUGUAUCAGGAACAGUGUAG